CAGCAAAGCGCACCGCCCUGAAGGAUGGCACGUCAUCUUAACCAGCCCAGGAUAGAUAGGAGGGCUCCUUUUGUCUCUUUUCUCCGCUGCAGCGCUAUAAAAGCCCCUCUUUUACAGCAAGAGGUUAGUUCGGGCACACACCAACAAACAGUGCAGGAAACAGCUAAACCGGAGACAGAGGGAUAGCAAGGAGAGCCGGGAGGGAGAGAGGCGGGGCAAGGCAGAGCCCCGGCUGUUCUUCUCCCGUCUUACAACUGAGAAGUGGGUUGCUGGACCUUCUGAUUAUUAUUAUUUUUUUUUUAAUUCAAGAUUCUCUUUAAUUUCCCGCCUAAAACCUCCUCAACCAUAAGGCCGCAUCUCCCGUAAUAAAAUGAAUUCUGAUUCGAGCUCUGUCUCCAGCAGAGCGUCAUCUCCGGACAUGGAUGAGAUGUACCUAAGAGACCACCACCACCGCCACCAUCACCACCACCAGGAGAGUCGUCUCAACUCGGUCUCAUCCACCCAAGGCGACAUGGUGCAGAAGAUGCCUGGGGAAAGCCUCUCGCGAGCCGGCGCCAAGGCGGCCGGAGAAAGCAGCAAGUACAAAAUCAAGAAGCAGCUGUCGGAGCAGGAUCUUCAGCAGUUGCGCCUGAAGAUCAACGGACGCGAGCGCAAGAGGAUGCACGACCUGAACCUCGCCAUGGACGGCCUGCGAGAGGUCAUGCCCUAUGCGCACGGGCCCUCCGUGCGCAAACUCUCCAAGAUUGCCACUCUGCUGCUAGCCAGAAACUACAUCCUCAUGCUCACCAGCUCCCUGGAGGAGAUGAAGAGGUUGGUUGGCGAGAUCUACGGGGGUCACCACUCGGCCUUCCACUGUGGAACUGUGGGGCACUCGGCCGGCCACCCGGCGCACGCAGCGAACGCCGUGCACCCGGUGCACCCCAUCCUGGGCGGUGCGCUCUCGUCCAGCAACGCCACGUCCCCGCUGUCCGCGGCCUCCCUGCCUGCCAUUGGCACCAUCCGACCUCCCCACUCGCUGCUCAAGGCGCCCUCCACGCCGCCCGCGCUGCAGCUGGGCAGUGGCUUCCAGCACUGGGCGGGGCUGCCCUGCCCCUGCACCAUCUGCCAGAUGCCACCGCCGCCGCACCUGUCCGCCCUCUCCACGGCCAACAUGGCCCGGCUGUCCGCCGAGUCCAAGGACUUGCUCAAGUGAGCCGCGGGCCUGCCCGGCCGGGAGGAAGAAGGGAGAACUGAGGCAGGGGUCGCGGUGCAGGGGCCAGGAGGGGAGGGGAGACUGCUUAGCCGACAGGAGGGUGGGCGCACAGCACCGGGGCCUAGCCUGCCGCCCAAAAGAUCCACAUCCUAUGACCCACCCCAGCGGGGCGUACCAAAACCAAACUGGGAUGUCUAGGUGUUAGCGAAUGGGGACUGGACCCCGACGUCGUGUUUUGCAUGCAUGCUUCUCUUCCUCAUGCAGCGCCAGUAUUUCUUACUGCCAUAUGCUCUUGUCAAAACUGCAUUUGUUGUUUAAAAACGGGACCGGUGGAGUUAAAAACUUGAGAAGGAACUUGGAGUUGGCUUUCUCUGGGUGUGUUCUUAUGUUGGAGGAAAGAUGGCCAUCUCUUUUGUGCAAAGCAAAUGUAAAUAUUUCAUCGAGAUAGAUGCAGUUAUGAUUGUCACUGUCCUUAUAGUUUUUUUCCCUAGAGACGAGAACGAGAGAGAGAGAGAGAGAGAGAGAGAGAGAGAGAGAGAGAG